CGUUGUAGGCGACGCACGUUUGCUUUUCUCUCGCCUUAUUGCCGGUGCCGCAAAAGAUUUAAAGAACCGCCAAAGUGUUUUGACUCGUGGAAAUUGCGUUUGCGCGUGUGUGUUUUGUUUGAUAAAAGCCAAACCCAAUCCAUUUCUUGGGCUUUCCUAGAGGAGGAGUGUGCAAAACCCGCAGAGACGAGCCUCCCAAACGUGUUCUGUGCUCUUGUGAGUGUGUGUACACCCCCGUCCAAAACAACCGUUUGAUUCUGGUGCCGAUUAUCAAAGCGAAGGGUCGUCCUCUUCAUCCUUAUCAACGAUCACGUGUGCCAGUGUGAGUGAGGCGUUUUUUGGUGUUUCGUUUGAAGAUCAGCAACAAGAAGAGGUGCAAAGUGACCUAAAGUCCCCGAAUCCCGUGCAGAUCGAUCUCCACGUUUUGCAUAAUAAUCGUCGCGUGCGUGUUUUGUGGCGUGCCGUGUAUGUGUGUACUUGUGCGCAUUUGCUGCGUGUGUGACCUACUUCUCGGUGGCAGGAUUUCGAUCAACGAUCGAGUCGCCCCGUUAGCUAGCGCGAGUGAUCGGAGCGAGCAGGAGCAGGUUGAAAUGCUACAUUUUGGGCCCCCUCCAUGGUGGUGGUGGUGAUCCUGCUCCGAUAAUCCGAAAGUGCCGUCGUUCGGUUGGCCAUCGCGCGUGACAACAAUCGAAAACAACGGAAAACCUGCCAACCUGUGGCACAGAGCAGCAACAGCAGCAGAAGAAGAAGAGGACGGGCCACAAUUCGAUGACUCGAAACUCGCUUGUAGCGGUCGGAUGAAAGAAAUCCAAGUGACGACACAACGACACAAUCGAAUCAGUCAGUGACACCCCUUCUUCGGUGGGAAGAGUGAGUUAAAGAAACAACGCGGGAAAUUGAAACCCAAAAAAAAUUCGAAAACGGAACCGCCCUCGGAACGGAACAAAAUCGAGAGCAUCUCGAGUUGGCCCCAGAGUGCGAGCAGAGCGGAACGGAAAGUGCAGAAAGAUCCAAAAUUUAUGUUUUUUUAAAACACAACAACAACAACAACAGCCACAAGCAGCACACCGGACACACGGAGAACAGACCACCGGGGGAAUCGAAAAGACCUCGGCGAGCUGCACCGGUUUGCCAUCGAGAACGGACGGUUGACGGAUGAAACUUGAUCCACACUAGUUGCACGGACUGGUUCUCGGUGAGCGCACGGUGAUGCUGAUAACGGGCUGAUGGUGUGAUUGGAGACGAGACGCUGACGCAAACUGUUCCCCGCCCGGUCAAAGGGAAGCCAUAGGAAACGCACGUUGGCCACAAUCUACCGACAGCAAAGGCCGCCGGGGAUUGGUCUAUCGAUUGAACUGAUCGAAAGCGAAAGGGUGACGACCGAAAACGGGUGGAAAAAUCACGUUUUUUGACAGCCGCCCUGGGUUCAGGGAGAGACAAAAAACAUUGUCACUACAGCGGACGGACACGGUGUCAACGAACAACGUGUUCGCUUUGGGAGUGUCAGGAACACUGCGCGUUAACACGAAAACAUCGCGAUAGAACUGGUGAUCUUGGCGUCUUGGCUUGUGCGCGGAAGAUGAUGAUUGUCUUCCACGAUCGCCAGCGAACCUCCAGGAGCAUCGAAGAACGUGCAGCUGCUGAUCGGUUGCGGUGGCCCCGCUGUGACAGCGACACACAUCACCGUGGUGUCGUGUGAAAAACGGGAAUCGAAUGACCAUAAAUCACGAGCCCACCGGGAAGUGAAAAGGCAGAGACAGAAGACAAGAAAACAAACAUACAACCAGAUAAAACACAAGAGAAAAAUCGGCGAAAAAAGCAAACCGGCAAAAAGAGAAAAAGGUGAGAAGGAGAAAAGAGAAACGAAAGCAAAGCGACAACAUAAAAAGCAAGAAGUAAAACAACCGGAAAAAGAAAGAGAGGAAGACAGAAAAGACCAACUCAUCGUUUAACAGUGUAAGAAAAAUACAGAUGUAAACGCUUGUCGAGAAUAACUGACAAAAGUGGAUUUAAAAGCGAAGAAACGCUCGCAGAGGAGUGUAAAGAGUGAAAAUCAAAGUGUGAUCGAACCGAUCGACCAUUCUCUUCGGUCGAGGUGGAGAUUGGAUAGAAUUUCCUCAUUCUGUUGAGGAAUUUACCGGAUAUCCGGAACCUUCCGGUGCAAGUCAGUGUUUGUUUUGUUAGUUUUACGUAUUUCAAUCGUGUGUGCGAGUGUUUGUAUUAAUGUGAUUGUGUGUUUUAAAAAGCAAUAGAAGCCACAACGUUUAGACCGUGUCUUUGACGUGUUCUUACAAAGUGAUUGUGACCGAAGAUAUCGCUCUCUGAUGCAGCCCCCUCUCAAUCUCAAUCACUAAUCUCCGCGCCUCGAGAACCUGCUAGACAAGCGACAAGCCAGCAAAACCCCAAAGAUCAUAAUUGCUCCUCUGUCGCGUUUCGGGUCGGUUCGGCGGGAGUAUGUUUUAACGUGUAAAUGACUCCCAUGCAAAGAAGAUUUACUUGUGGCAGUAAAUUAACAGAUUGCCUCAGCGAACCAUGCACUAGCGGUUACGGUUCCGCUGGAAAACGAACGUCAACAACAGUCAAAGAGAACGCAACGACCAGAACGAUUCUGCCAUCGAUGAUGAUGAUGACGGCAACGACGGCGAUGAAAACGCAUAGAAUGACCACGGUGCACCUGUGCUGUUGCUGCUUGCUACUGCUGCUGGUGCCACUGGCAGCCGGGCUACCGAUUACGUCGAAACCACUCGACAACAAUCCGGACCAUCUGACCUGGGAGGCGGCCUGGCUGUCGGAGGAUAACAGCCGCGCCCCAGCCCUACCGAUCGGUGGAAAGACGAAGAAAAUCACUCCCAAGUCCAUCUUCAUAACCCCGUUCCUGAACAGCUACAACACAUCGGCCUGUCCGCCCGACUACAAGGUGGACUACAAUGGCAAGUGCAUCCAGAUCGUGAGCAUCAAUACGGCCGACAUUCUCGUGACGAAACUGCAGAGUCUGUUCGCCCAGCACAACGGUGACAGCGGCAGCCAGGGUGGUGGAACUGGGGAGGAUGAUUAUGAUUACGAUUACGAUUCGACGGGCCCGUUCCAGGUGAAUCUACCGCUGAGCAUCGAUCUACCACCGGAGAUGCCACCAUCGGUACCGAAACUAACCUACCAGGACAAUCUCGGUCCGAGUUACUACGAUAGUGCGAUGGUGGACGUGGCAACCGUCGAUCAGGAUAAGGCCAAGAUCACAACCGUCUCGGUGGAUGCAUCGGAAAAUCGGCCCUUUCUUGCGAGCACCACUGCUGCGACCGGAAGUGCGGUCAGGCCAGCAGGAACAACCACAACCGUCGGCACCACCACCACCACCACCACCACGACCGGUGGAUCGGAUCGCGAUGGAGCCGAAAGUCAACCCGACAUCUCCUUUCUCGCGUUCGAAAGUCUCCCCAACGGAACACUCGCUGGUCAGAUCGAGCUGGAUGGUAACAAUCGUACGGUGGUGCAGAGCAUUUUUGUUUCGUCCACUACACCGGAUGCUGCGCCAACCGAUGGCGAUGGUGGCCGCAGCAGCAGCAGCACGACGGAGUCUACAACCACUGAGCUGGAUGCUGUAUCCGGUACACCAACUGAUCGGGAUGGUGACACGGCUGAUAGUGAGGCUACUGUGGCCAGCAGCAGUACAACGAUGAGUAGCGCAAGCACUGGCCAAACGGAACCAGAGGACGAUCCCAGCAGUACAGUGAGUGGAGCCAGUACGACCGAACAAACCACAACCGAUUUGCAGGAGGAGGAAGCGAGUAUCGAGGAGCUGAAGCUAGAGUUGGCAGAGGAAUCGCUCCUUCUGGACACCAACCACAGCUCAACGGUUUCAACCCUCGAACCCUUGACGACGGAUGUUUCGGAUAUGAUGGACCUGGACACGAUGCCCACAUCCGAGACGGAACCGAGUGAACAACCGACGGCUGUCAUUGGGCUGGUGUCGAGUACGGCCAAGCCGGCUCCCGUGACCAUUCCUCCUCCGGUUCGUCGUACGUCUGUUGCUGCCGGUUCCACUAGGCCUCCGGUGCAGAUAAUAACACCGAUCCGGGGAAGCUGGGACCUCGGAUACAGAGGAGGUUCGGCAUCGAUUCCGGCAAAACUGACACCGGCUAGUUACGUCCAGCAGGAUCGUACAACACGUGCUACUCCCGAAACGACAACACCGGCGUUCGAACGGUGGACUGAGAAACCUCCAGGAGAGCAGCACAAUGAUACGCAUCAGGAAGUUAACCAUCAACCCUCGACGACGACGACGACGAGCGGUGCUCCAUCGACGACAACGGAACUCGAAGGUAGCUCCUCCACCACGCAGGGCAAUCCUUUGGAGAUCAAACCGAUUCCGACGGUUCCGGACAGCAACAACGAACGCUACAUGGAACAGUUGCGUAAGAUCAAUGAGAUCGUUGCGGAGAAGCGUCGGCUGCAGCAGCAACAGGAGCAACAGCUGGCGGGCGCUAGUUCUCCAAGCACACGCAUCCGCUUCCCAUCACGUACGGAGGAGGACCCUCUGACUGGAGCGGCUAGCAGUAACAGUGGCGUUCGUUUCCCGGGUACGGCCACCAAUCGUCACACGCCCAGUGGUAACCGGCUACCGGACAUUUUCCCAAAGAAAUCACCCGACAGCACAACGCAAAGACCAGCGUUCUGGUGGCUCCCAUCGGGCUGGGAGGUUGAUCAGGCUGGCAAUAAGCCGAUGCUGUUGCGCUUCUGGUCCCGCAUGCCACUGGUGCGUGACAACACGGCACAGCCGGCGAGUAAUACCGAACCGAGUAACAAUCGUUGGCGUUCGACCAACCACUACCAGCCGCAGCAGCAGCAGCAGCAGCAGCAGCAGCACUUUGGUAGCAAUCAUCUUCCCUCGACGGUAGGAUCCGCUUCACAUCCGGUCGUGUCGGCCAGGGGCAACUCGAAGAGUCCGAGCGAAAACUUCUACAAAGAAGUGUCCGCCCAGGAGGUGUACAAGGUGAUGAACGCAC